UUUAGCCUAUGCAUGUUCCCAGGCGAGGAUUGGGGCUGGUCCAUGCUGCUUCCCGGGUUAAUUAGUAGUCUCAGCGUGUGGCUGGGAAGCAAGCACACAAAAGAGCUGCUUGCUGGCUGAGAAUCCUGAGCUUCCGCAGAUAAAGGGAGAGCAGAGCAAGACACUGCAGAACAGAUACAACUUGUUUUGGACAACAAAUUACUUUAUUGUUCCAAUCUUCAGGACUCAGCAUAAAGAUGAGAUGCCAGCCUUGUGCUUUGGGAAUUCAUAGUAUACAGUAUUUGUCAAGAAAUGAUGGUCAUGUAAGUUGCUGAAUAUGGCAAAUCGUAAAUGUCAGAGCACAACGGCCAGCAUAAUGGAUCAGAGACCGAGGUCUUGUCCUCCUUCUCCUCAUGCCAUGGACCCUGGAAGUGAAGAAUCUGUUUAUGAAGAAGUUAUAGUACCAGACUUUAACUCACGGAUUUCAAAGAGCAGACACAUGUCAAACACCCAAGAAGACCAUGACUGCAAUGACAACAGUGGUGAUGGGGACUCUAGUUCUGAUUAUGUGAAUAAUACCUCUGAUGAAGAAUAUGAUGAAGGACUUCCUGAUGAAGAGGAAGGAAUCACCUAUUAUAUACGUUAUUGUCCUGAAGAUGACAGUUAUCUUGAAGGCAUGGACUGCAAUGGAGAGGAGUAUAUUCACCAUGAAGAACACCAUAUAGAAACUGAUGAAUGUGUAGAAGCAGUAGAAGAUGAAUGGACAGAAUCCAAGACACAACAACAGCAUUGUAUUGAUAGAGACACAGAGGAAGAAAAUCAGAUGAUUACAUUAGGGCAGGAUAGCUCUUUAGAGGAACAUAACCAAGUUGAGGAAGCCCAUUUUAGUGAAAAUGAGGAGGGAUACCCGGACUACUACUCCCCAGAGGCCAAUGGAAACUCACUUCCUCCAUCUCCAUUUCCUAUAAGGAAAGGUGAUGGAAAUACAGAAGAACCAGAGGAGGACAUUGAUCAGAUUGUGGCUGAAAUAAAAAUGAGUAUGAGCAUGAGCAGCAUCAAUAGCACAACAGACACAAGUCCAGAGCAUAAUGUAACAGAAAAUGUUGCAAAAGAUAUUAAGGAAAUAUGUCAAAAAGUGGAUUCUGGGCAUUGUGCUAGCAGGCAUGAAGGAAGGCCAAAGUCAUUAAAUAUCCCCUCUGCUUCCAAACCUGCCACUGAACUGCAAAGGGGCUAUAAGGCAAAAUCUAGGACUCCAGAAGAAAGACAGAAGUGGGUGCCGGAACAGGUGUGUAACAGUGCAGAACAGCCAAGGAAACAGCAACGUUCUGACCUCAAUGGCCCUGUUGACAAUAACAAUGUUCAGGAGCAGACAAAGAAGGUGGCUUCAUUCCCAAGUUUUGUGGAUGUUCCUGGCCCUUGUGAGCCUGAAGACCUAAUUGAUGGAAUUAUCUUUGCUGCCAAUUUCUUGGGAUCCACACAGCUGUUGUCAGAACGCAACCCAUCCAAAAACAUCAGAAUGAUGCAGGCCCAAGAAGCUGUCAGCCGUGUUAAGAGGAUGCAAAAGGCUGCUAAAAUCAAGAAAAAAGCGAACUCUGAGGGAGAUUCACAGACAUUAACAGAAGUGGAUCUUUUCAUAUCAACGCAGAGGAUUAAAGUUUUAAAUGCAGAUACCCAGGAAACAAUGAUGGACCAUGCACUACGGACAAUCUCUUACAUUGCAGACAUUGGCAACAUUGUUGUUUUAAUGGCCCGUCGUCGCAUGCCUAGAUCAGCCUCCCAGGACUGCAUAGAAACAACUCCAGGAGCCCAGGAGGGAAAGAAGCAGUAUAAAAUGAUAUGCCAUGUAUUUGAAUCCGAGGAUGCACAGCUUAUUGCUCAGUCGAUUGGCCAGGCUUUCAGUGUAGCCUAUCAGGAAUUUUUACGAGCAAAUGGAAUUAAUCCAGAAGACCUCAGUCAAAAAGAAUACAGUGACAUCAUCAAUACCCAAGAAAUGUACAAUGAUGACCUCAUACAUUUUUCAAAUUCAGCAAACUGUAAAGAGCUGCAAGUGGAAAAGCUCAAAGGUGAAAUCUUAGGCGUGGUAAUAGUGGAGUCUGGAUGGGGAUCUAUUCUACCCACUGUCAUUCUGGCUAAUAUGAUGAAUGGAGGGCCAGCGGCACGUUCUGGAAAACUCAGUAUUGGAGAUCAGAUCAUGUCCAUCAAUGGGACGAGUUUAGUUGGUCUUCCUCUAGCAACUUGUCAAGGGAUUAUUAAGGGCCUUAAGAAUCAAACACAAUUAAAACUGAACAUAGUGAGUUGUCCACCUGUUACUACAGUCCUCAUUAAACGACCUGACCUUAAAUACCAGCUGGGAUUCAGUGUACAGAAUGGAAUAAUCUGCAGCCUCAUGAGGGGUGGAAUAGCAGAGAGAGGUGGAGUCAGAGUCGGACACAGAAUCAUUGAGAUCAAUGGACAAAGUGUUGUUGCUACUGCCCAUGAGAAAAUUGUCCAAGCACUAUCUAAUUCCGUGGGAGAGAUUCACAUGAAGACUAUGCCAGCAGCAAUGUUCAGGCUUCUUACUGGACAGGAAACACCACUCUACAUAUAAGAGGAAGCAGCCAUUACCAUCUGUAAAACAUUUGCAGGCAAGAUCAAUAAAUCUGCACUUCAAAGAGACACCGUGCAUAUAUAUAUUUUUUUUCAUUUCAAACAAGGAUGCAAGAAAUCUCCAUGGCCGAUUGAUACUGCCUUUCUCCCCCUUGCUUUUUGCCAAAGGCGACACCCAGUUCUGAGCAAAUUCAACAUUAACAAAGACAAUCUGUAAAUCGCUGAGUAAGACAGUUAAAACUCUUUACACAUCAUGACGAGUUAAAAUGAUAUUUAUUUGUAAUGUUAAGUAGUGUUAACGUGUAUGUGUAGUAUGUUAUAAUGGUGAGUGUGAGGGUGUGAGCCACGUGAUGAUGGAUUAACAAUGGACUUCACCAGAAAAAACAAAUCCACUUCAUAUCAACUUCGGAAACUGCCCUCUUAUGAUGGUUCCGUAAAACAAAGGCAUUGUGUACAUUCAAUAAUUUAUAAUGUUUUAUAUGAUCAUUAGCAAACUAAAAGAUAUUUAACCUUCUUGUUUUCAUGUAUUGCUGUAUGUAAUACCUUCAUGGACCACUAAAUUGCACACAGAAGAGCUACAUUUCAUUUUCUAUUCAUUUGUAUUGUACUUUCAAAGCAUUCAUACAUGACAUUCUUUGAGAUGUUAUCAAUAAAAGGUAUUACUACUUGCAACCUCUAAAAUAUCCUCUAGGACUCAGCAAUAAUUAGGGCUAUUUAAGGUAGCUAUGUAUUUGUAAAUUGAAAAAUGUCUAGGGCAGCAACUAGUGGCAGGAUCUAAGGAUCUAAUAUUUCACCUAUGUUAUAUUUUUUGGUUUAUAAUAGAGACAAACAAGAGGCAAACAUUUUCCAACCAUUGGCAAAACCACAUCAAAUAAGACCUCCUUUAGUCUAUUGCAGAAGACAGAUGGCUGCAUUUGGGGUAACACAUCGCUAUUAUCUUUUCUGAGACAGAGGGUACAGUUAAAUUAGUUUGCUUCAAUUACUUUUAAAAAUAUUUGUUGUUGUUUUUUUUUUUUUUAGAUGUUUUGGUCAUUUCUAACCAGUCUACAAAAGAAGACAAAUGGGGGAAGAGUAAAGGGAUGACUUCUUUUAGAUUGGCAUAUGUAAAAUAAGGGACAAGGAAGUAAGGGAUUCAAAGAUGCUUAGAAUCAUGUUAUUCUCUAGUCAGUUUUGCAGCUUUGUGUUGCUCUCUGUGUAAAAUAUUAGUUGUAGUGGAUUUUAGGGCUACAUCAUUCACUGUUAUCUGAGGGUUGUUCUGAUGUGUUUAGGAUUGUUCCAUUUAAGGCAGAUAACACUUCAAUCUAACAAAUGCAAAUAAAAAGAUAAUUAUGUUUUUUUGUGGAAGGGAGGAGAGGUGGAUACAGAAGUGGCAGUAAAGGACUUAACAUCUUAGAACCAGCUUUGUGCUGUCUCUGGAGCUCUUUCAGAAAUAUGUAAUGACUUUUUUAGAGAAAGGUUUAGCUAGAUUAUUUGGGAAGCUUGAAGCAAAAUACCAUAACUAAGGAGAUAAGAUGAGGGGUCUGCUGUGGAGAUGUUUUGUUGAAAUAUUCCAUUUCAAGCCCAUUUUUUCCUCAAGCACAAAAUAGCAGAAACCGCUUAUGCCAUUCUUAUGAAGGAAAAAUAUAUUUUUUUGCAUCAGAUGGUAUACAGCAAGCAAGAUUUCAUAUUUAAUGGUCUACACUUCAUUGCAGAAGGGGAAUAAACAUGAGUAGCUUCAAGAGAGUAGAUUUAGGAAAAUAAAUCUUUAUCGCUAUUCUGCUUCCUAAAACACUAAAAUGUAAAAAAGGAAAACACUGGCAAAUAUAAAAAGUCUAGAAUCCAUCUCUUGGCCUCGGUGUUCAUGCUGCAUCAUGGCCAAAGAAGGCAUCUUCUCCAGUAGAUCAUUUCUGAGACCUGUGCUUUGCUAGAAGAAAGUAGGUUAACUUUUGAAGCCCAGGUGAAGCUUUGACUAUGCAGAACAUAUGGCAGUACCUAAAAAACACAGUUUAAAGCAAAGUAAAUAUAAUGGUUUUCCACUUAAUGCACCACAUUCACACUCCAGCUUCCAUUGUGCUAUUGUUAUCAUUUAUUGAAGAACCCCCCCAAAAUAAUCAAAAUACCCAGGUGCAUUGCAUCUAAUACACGUGAGUGCCUGCAUUCUUUUAAAUAGUAUUUAAACAUUAGAUUAAUAGAUUGCAAACCUGAAUAUCAAACAUUAGAUUAAUAAAUACCAUACCUGUAUCUCAAAAUCUCAUUCACAUUCUAGUUACAAUUGAAAGCCCAAAUAUUGUCAUUCAACAAGCCACUAUUUGCUCUCGAAAGAAGAGAAAAUGUGAAAGUUUUUAACUGCGUUACCAUUACAAAAUAUGAACCAGCAUUUCACUGAAUCUAACUAUAAGGAUGUUUUAUCUAGUUCUAUAAGCUUUAAAGGAGUAGGAAAGGUAAACACUAGGUAAGCUUUACCAUAAAGGUCUAUUUAAAUACAGAUGUACACAGUCACAAAACUACUGCUCUUCUGUGAAAAGAAACACAACAUAUCUUUCCUUCUGUUUACAUGGUUCUCUGUAUCAGACUUCCUUCUCUCCUUUCAGGGCACAGGCUUGAGGCUGCCCAACUUGGUCUUCUCUUCUCUUCCCCCCCUCCCUGCUGUAAUCUGAGCUGAAAGCUGUUCCAGGCAACAGCCUGCAGGCAGGGAACUGAUGUCAGACCAAGCUAAAAUGGCAGCUGCUAUCUUAUGCAAACAGAGAGAUCUUCUAGGACUGUUUGCUUGGCUAUGGUAUAGCCUUCUACACAAUAAAUAUAGCGUUCUAGCUUGCACUAUCGUGGCUAAUCUAUUGGCAAUAAACUGUCUCAGUAGCUUUCUUUCUCCUUUAAAGUUAGGUGCCUAAAGCCAAAGGCUGUUCAAAGACUAAUGGUCCAUUCUGCUACAUGAACUGCUGUGAAAAGCAAAGGUAGUGGAAGUGGAAAAUAUUUUACUAUAAAGUAAGUGACUAAAUCUACUGAAUAACAAUAUAAGACUCUUCUUGUACACUGUCCAUAACCACACUGUUCUACACUUUCCACAGUUUAUCAUUUAAAUUAUGGUAUACAGAGGUUUUAUUUGCAUUUUCAUGAUGUAGCUACUGCCUAUUCUUUUGAUUAUGCAUAUGCAGUUUUACAUGUUUCUUUUUAAAACUGACAUUGAUUCAUGGCUUACAUAGAAUGUAAAUCCUUGCUGUUGAUAGCAAAGUAGGGCAGGUUUAGCUUCUGAGCCAUUUCACGUGGUUAACAACCCUUAAGACAAACUAUGUUGAGCUGUUCUAUUAUCUAUGAGAACAUCUAAGCAGACAACAAUAUGGUAUUUUGCACUUAUAUUUAGCAAAAACACAGAGCGCAGUGCUCUUUGUACAUUAUAAGCCAUACCUGUUAUAGAACAAAAUUCAAAAUAAUCACCUAGCUUUGAAUGAGGUCUAUUUUUAUUUUAACAAACUUGAAAAAGGAAUUCCUUCAGUGUAAAAGAGAAAAUAUGGAAUUACUUCCCACAACUAAACCGCGUGCUAGCAAUAUUUCUGAUUUACAAAUAUGUAUUGUGGUUGUAACACUUAUCUCCACAGUAAAGUAAUUGUCUAACAAAUCUCUUGAUUUUGAUUUGAGUAUAACUGUUUCUCAAAUAUUUAAAGGGGGUAUAAACAGAAAAGUAAAUUGUUGCCUUUUAAACAAUAUACUUGUAAACAGUUUUGCAGUGUACAUUGUGAAUAUUUUUUUUAGUAAUUUGUAAAUUGAAUGCAAUAUUUGUCCCUUUCUGUACCUCUGGUUAUGAUUCUGUAGUGUUAAUUUACAGAUGGCAGGGUAGGGUGCUGAGAGCAAACAAUGCUGCUGUCAUGGUUUUUGUACUUUGCACCCCUCCCCACCAUCAAUACCUCCAAAAUGGAGCCCAUUGACCUUCAUUUAAUAUAUGAAUACAGUUCUCCCUGCAUUCAGCUGUGCAGUAUUCAUUAGGAGCAGGUUGAGAAAGCACUUAGGCAUACUCUCUCCCUCCCUUUACCAUCCCUUAACUUUUGUGCUAUGCAUCCAGAGUGAAGUGCAGAGAGCCCCAGAGGCAAGAGUGUAUAUAGCAGCAGUCAAUUCUCCUCCAGCCAAGACUCCAUUUCCCACCUGCAUAUACUGUUGGCCUUGCAUGGGGAGAGACUGAUUUCAGUAGUAACUACAUUCACAAUCAAAAUCUUCAAAACCAAAUUUCUUGUUAGGAUCGUUUAUUAAAAAAUACUUUUAAUAAUAUUUUUGUUCAUUAUAAAUAUUUUGGGGGGGGGGGGUUCUGCAUAUGUAAAGCCAUAGAUUUUACUAACAUCAUUGAAAAAACUAGCGCAUGAUAGAACUAAAUAACGGUUAGAACCCUGUACAGUGUUAAACCUCGAAAUAUUUUUGAGAUCAUAUAUAAUCAUCUUUCACGUGAAAGUGUUAUGUUAUCUAAACACACUUCAAAUACAGUGGAGCUCAUUUAUCAAUUUGUACCUGCGCAGUAAUUCCUGGUAAGUUGGUAACCAAUCAAAAUUUCUGGUUACAUUGUUCUACCUGCAGCUUGUUGAAAAAUACCUAAUUGUUGAUAGGUUGGGUUAAUAAAUGAGCAGUGAGUGAAUCAUGAGACACAAGCUUUUUCUUGCUAACUAUCCAAACCUAACAGGAACAAGAAGAUAUUUAUGUAAUAAUAUAUGUAAAAAUAAAUCACAUAUACAGGCAGGAAUUUCAUUAUUAGCAUUGUCAUAUGAACUGUGUAUGUGGGAUUUGUACCAAUACAAAACAACAGAUAUUAUAUAAGGAAUAUUAGACUUUCAGAAAAUACCUUUUCUCAUCAAGUUACAGGUCAGAAAUAAUUUCCGAAGUAGCUGUUCAGGGGAGACAGGUCAAUGCAUAACCAGGGAACACAUGGAAAUGGUUUUGCUGGCUCUGUGGUUUCGUCAGGUUGGUGGCACACCAUAACCAUAAUCAGUGUUAGAAUUUCAUAGAAAGAAACCACUACAUUGUGACAUUGUGUUCCAUUAAAAAAAAAUAAAUGUUGAUUAAUGUCUUGAA